AUGAAGAAACAAAUGAAAAUGAAAACCAUCAUUUUACUUUUGCUUCUUCUACAAAUAAUCCUCAAUGUUGUUAACUUCACCAUGGCUGAACCAAUCAAUAGCGAAAUCUUCCGAUGCAAGAAAGACUCCGGCACUUAUCAACUCAACAGCCUCUACCAAACAAACCUCGUGUCGGCUCUCAAGAGCCUACCCGCUUUAACCUCUAAAUCCGUUGGCGUUAAACCAAAUGAAGUUACCGCUGUAGAACUUUGUGCGGGCUAUUUAAAUCCCCAAGAUUGCAAGUCCUGCGUAGACAAAACAAUCCCACUGCUUCUACAGAAGUGUCCAAACCAAAAGGGAGCCGCGGCAUGGAGGGUGAAAUGUAUGGUGAAAUAUGGGCAACCUGUUCUAAAUAAUUACGAUGUUUGGUUUGUUGCCAAUGAAGUUAGUGAUAUAAUAACUAAGGAUGUUGUUGGGCUACAGAAUACCCUGUCUAGUUUGGUAAAUAAGUUAUUGCUAAGAUUAUACAAGGGGCAACCAAUGGGAUACGCUUUUGGGACUCAAGAUUAUAAAAAUAAUCGAAUAGUGUACAUGGUUAUGCAAUGUACUGAUGAUAUAUCACAUAAAGAUUGUACUAAAUGUAUACUUCAUGUAUCUGGAGAGAUUAAACGUUGUUGUAGUGGUGCAAUAGCUGCAGCAAUAUUAACUCCCAACUGUUACCUGAGGUACACGCAUAGUGAUUUCCGAGUUCUAAAAUAA